UCAAUUUCAAAGUUGUGAAGUGAAAAACCCAUUAAAGGACCAUAGACUUCUAAUCAUUAUAUUAUCACCUUUUGAAUCACAAUUAGAAGCUACCAAGUUAAGCUCAUCAUACUGUGGCUGUAUCUUUGACACAUUCGUACUUGUACACGUGAAAUUUUGGCACGUCGACGAUCUUCCUACCCUACAUUCAAGGCUGGCAUAAUGGCAGUUGUGAAAUUUUGGAUCCUUCUUGCUGUAACAGUGUUAGUGGCAACUAUUAUCACUGCAAGAAACGUUCCUGCAGUUGAAACCGCUGCUGAAUGGCCCUCGUUAAUAAAAAAAGAGGCGCUUGCUGUAUCAAGCAACCGAACUGAACUUCAAAGGAAAUGGAAAGACCCAUUGCAAGAGGGUAAAUGGCAUUUCAAGACACCUAGCAGAGUUCUUUCCCAUAAAAAGUUUCAAGAUGUGGGGGAAAAGACGUUGGAAAAAUCCCUGAUACUUUACACUCCAUUCAGCAAAAAGCUGUUUCAAAAUCCUUCCAGCCAAAAGAUCAUCAAAGAAGCGUUAUCCACCACGUUUAUCACGGGAAUGGCUCAAGGAAAACUUCCCUUGAGCAACUAUAGGAACUUUCUUGAACAAGAUGCAGCGUAUUUCGAACAUGUAGCCGAUGUGUAUCGUCUCGCUGCAAAAAAAAUGGAAAUCCAAAAAAAAAAUGAUUAUGCUUAUUUUUAUUGGAAACAGUCCGCAAAAUUUUUCGAUCUUCACAAGCAAUUCAUCCAGAAAAAAGAUCUAUCAGGGAAAGGCCAGGUGGGUACAGCACUCAAAGCGUACAUGGAUUUCCUAAGUAACGUUAGUCCUGAACACCUCGCAUUAGCCAUGCUUUCAUGCAGUGUGCUGUAUCCUGAGUUGGCAAGGAUAAAAGUGCAAAAUCCAGAAGGCAACGUGUAUGAGAAAGAUUUCUUUCAAGAAAACAGGCGUGAUGAUGAGAGCUCAACGGAAAAGUUUGUUAAUGAAAUCAUCAUUAAAGACAUCACCGAACCGAGAGCCCUUCCAAUUGUCUGGCGAGGAUUGAAACAUGAGCUGAAUCUCCUCCGAGAAGUAGGCGGCCAACCUGCUUUAUCCAUUCAACAGUUGUAAAACUUGUACCUUGUAAAGCUGAUUACCCUUAAUUCUUUAAUAAUUCAGCUUAAAGGAAACACCUUUGUAAAAAUGCUUAAAACGUGCUUGUUUAGUUUCAUUUGAAGCAAAGCAUGUGUGACUGCCAUGGGCGACUUCAGCAAUAAAUAGACAGUAUUUAAUUUAACGCGGCCUUAAUGAUUUAUUCUGUUGUAACAACUCAAGUACUAGUUGGUAGAGCCAGUUAAACUUGCAAACAAAAUGACGAACGAAAACCUAUUACAAUUUAAGAGCUAAUGUCAACAUGCAUCAGACAAACAUCGGCAAGUCACCCAAAAUUUGCUUUCUCUCCUACUUUCAUAUUUUCUAGCCCAAUAUGUCCUAAUAAUUGUGGUGUAGUUUUUUUGGGAAAAUAUAUUUUAGUUUUCGAGAAAUGAUUUUUUUUUCGUUCGACUGCUCAAAUAUACAAAUUUUCACCGUGAAUAUCACCUGAGUUGUGUGAUCCCCUGUCAAUAUUGAAGCUGGAAAAGAAACAUUUAAUUUUUUGGUGAAUAUUUUUGUCCGACAUACUUUUUCUAUGUCGAAAAGUAGCAUCAAAACAAAGACAGCUUUAACAAUGACCGAUAUGACAAAAUCUACUGAGCUUCUAGCUUUUAAAAUACAAAAGGAUGGUUAUAAAGU